AUGGAUCUAGGACCACCUCAGUUUCUAACAUCGAUUCUGAACCGUUGCAUACCGCGCACGCUUAGUGCAGUGCGUCCCAACGUAACGUUAACAUUCGCACAAUCCCUGGAUGCGAAAAUAUCGGGACAGGAUGGCGCACAGCUCAUCCUGAGUGGAAAGGAGAGCAUGGUCAUGACACACUGGAUGAGAACGAUGCAUGAUGCUAUCCUGGUUGGAAUAGGGACGGCUGUUAACGAUAACCCGCAGUUGAAUGCCCGCCAUCUUCCGCCUAGAAGUCCACUUUCUGGUCAGGAUUAUCCUUACAAUCUACCUCGUCCAAUAGUUUUGGACUCCCAGCUUCGCCUGCCAACGACAUGCAAGCUUUUGGAGAGUUACCGAAAUGAAAAAGGAAGGCGGCCUUGGGUACUAUGCGCGCAGGAACCACAGGCCGAAGAAGACGUUUGGAAGUCGCGCCUUGAUGCCUUGGAAGCCGCAGGAGCACGGGUUGUACCUGUACAAACUACAGAAGGAUUGCUGUCGAUUCCGUCCGUAUUACAGACGCUUCAUGAACUUGGUGUCCGGUCGCUUAUGGUCGAAGGAGGCGCCCGAGUUAUUGGGUCCUUCCUUGCCGAACGGGACUCGGUCGAUACAGUGAUAAUAACCAUCGCCCCGAAAUUUGUCGGUAGUGAAGGGGUGGGUUAUGGUGUCGACAUCAGCCAGGUGUCCUAUUAUGAACACCUUGAAAGUCAAGAUGUUGGCUGCGACACCGUCGUUGCGCUGAAUGCGAGAAGUGAUUAAUAAAAGGUUGCUGCUCAUUGGGAUCAUAGUCAAGAUGUAUAUCACUCAAAAUUAACGAACAUCCAU